AUGUCGGCCAUUUGCAUGCAAGGCUGGUUUCACUGCAGAGGAGAGGAGAGGCCUGACGCUCUGAUUGGUGCAGGAGUUGCUAGACAACAGAUGUCCAGCCGGCUGGGAGGUGGACUACCUGUGGAGGAGGGAGAGAGCAAAGAGAGUGAAAGAAAAUCGGAGGUGGAAAAUGAUGAGAAAGGAGUAUUCAAAAUAACUUGUCUCUGUUUCUCUCUGUGUUUGUAUCUCCUCUGUUUUCUUUUAGAUCAUCAAAAGCUGGAGAGAGAGGCGAGGAUUUGUCGUUUACUAAAGCACACCAACAUCGUACGACUCCAUGAAAGCAUAUCAGAAGAGGGUUUCCACUAUCUGGUGUUUGAUCUCGUUACAGGAGGAGAGCUUUUCGAGGACAUCGUGGCCAGGGAGUACUACAGUGAGGCUGAUGCCAGCCACUGCAUACAGCAGAUCCUCGAGAGUGUCCAGCACUGCCAUGUUAAUGGGAUCGUCCACAGAGAUCUGAAGCCUGAGAACCUUCUAUUGGCCAGUAAGCUGAAGGGGGCGGCGGUCAAGUUGGCUGACUUUGGGCUGGCUAUCGAGGUGCAGGGGGACCAGCAGGCAUGGUUUGGUUUUGCCGGCACCCCGGGCUACUUGUCUCCGGAGGUACUGAGGAAAGACCCAUAUGGGAAGCCAGUGGACAUGUGGGCUUGUGGUGUGAUAUUAUACAUUCUGCUGGUGGGCUACCCUCCCUUCUGGGAUGAGGACCAGCACCGCCUUUACCAGCAAAUCAAGGCUGGAGCUUAUGAUUUCCCAUCCCCAGAGUGGGACACAGUCACUCCUGACGCCAAAGAUCUGAUCAACAAGAUGCUAACCAUCAACCCCAGUAAACGCAUCACUUCCCCAGAGGCCCUCAAACAUCCCUGGAUCUGCCAACGGUCCACUGUAGCUUCCAUGAUGCACAGGCAGGAGACUGUGGAGUGCCUGAAGAAAUUUAACGCCAGGAGGAAACUCAAGGGAGCCAUAUUGACCACCUUGCUGGUCACAAGAAACUUCUCAGCAGCCAAGAGUUUGCUCAACAAGAAGGCAGAUGCUGUAAAGGUCAACAACAAAGCCAACACAGUGACCAGUCCUAAAGAAACUGGCCCUACCCCUACUCUGGAACCACAGACAACUGUGAUUCACAACCCUGUGGAUGGAAAUAAGGAGUCCAUUGAGAGUGCCAACACCACCAUUGAGGAUGAUGAUGUAAAAGCCUGCACCAAUAACAAUAAAGCUCGCAAACAGGAAAUCAUCAAAGUUACUGAGCAGUUGAUUGAGUCUAUCAACAAUGGAGACUUUGAUUCCUAUGCGAAGAUUUGUGAUCCUGGUCUAACUUCCUUUGAGCCGGAGGCCCUGGGCAACCUGGUGGAAGGACAUGACUUCCAUCGCUUUUACUUUGAGAAUGCUCUGUCCAAAGGGAACAAGCCAGUGCACACCAUCCUCCUGAACCCACACGUGCACCUAAUUGGGGAAAAUGCAGCGUGCAUUGCCUAUAUUCGACUGACCCAGUACAUGGAUACCAACGGCAUGCCCCGCACCAUGCAGUCUGAAGAAACCCGUGUGUGGCACCGUCGUGACGGCAAGUGGCAGAACAUCCACUUUCAUCGUUCGGGCUCGCCCAGCAUCCCCUCCCAUUAAUGGAAUAUCAACAUUUGGUCCAAGAAGAAAAUCCCAUCAGCAAAUCUAGUAGGGCAGUCAACUAGCCAACCCAUGACUGCUCUCUGACCUUUGACCCUUCUAUGAGGACAUGACAUCGCAGGAUACAAGUAUUAAUACAUUUUACUGUUAUGGCAUUUUAUUAAUGGACAUCAGUCGAAAACCACCACCGGGUGGCUGCACACCGUAUUUGAACAUUAUGAAAAAGAGCAUAUUGACAUUCUUUUUGUUUGUUUUUUAAGAUGUUUUGGUAUGCAUUUUAAAUAUAAAUUAGAGAUGUUUAAAAAUCUACUACUGUAACCUCUCCCAAAAAUUAGUUCGGUAUUUUUAUGUGUAUUUAUGUGUGUGCAAUACAGAAACAUUUGGAAGAUCAGAAUGUUAAAAUUGAGCUUGCUUUAGUUCUGGUGAUGUAUAUACAUUGUGAUUGUUGAUAAAAACAAACAUUGAAAUUGCUAUUCUUGCUAUCAGAGGAAUUAAGAGUUUACGUAAAAUCCAGUUUAUUAUUUAUGUUUGCUAUGAGCUAAGUCAUAAUGUUUGAAUUGUCCAAUUUCAAUCUAUAAUACUAAUUUAAAUGUAAAGAAAAGCAGAGCAGCUUACACUUUGCAUCGAGAUAUGUUUGCCUUUAUAUCAGUGAAAUAAGAAAUAAGAGAAUGUAGCAUAUAUGUAAUAUAUGAAAAUUCAAGACUAUUGUGUAGUGCAUGGGGGGGAAUAUUGUAAGUAAGAUCAUAUAAAACUAUAAUAUCUUCUGUUUGAUUUGUGAAUCACUGACUUGUUUGUUUGCAUAUGUUAAUGUUGUGCAUCAGUCCUGUCCCAAAUGUUUCUUAUGUCCUCCAGUAUCAUGGAACUGUUGUAAAAACAAAAACACAGUAAUGGUUAAAAUCCAGCGUAAAUAUCAAACCUCAUAUCUAAAAGGAGGGAAAAUGGCACCCCUUACAUUUUGUAUAAGAAUUAGAAAAAAACAAACUCAUUUUUCAUAAUGUUUGUACUUGUAUUGUAUGACUGUAUGUAGGGUUUUUGUUAUUUUAUUAUUGUUAUUAUUUUAAGCGUGCUACUUUGCCAAUUGUAAGGGAGGAGUCAGAGAGGAUGAAGAUAUAGCAUAGCACUGUAGUCCACCCUUUGAAAGGGCAAGUGUUAACCUAACGAUUGGGCUUAUAAAUCCAGAGGGCCACAAGAGCAUUGGAUUAAAGAACGUAGCCGUCAGACCAGAGGAAGGAAUCCAAUACAUGUUGGGAUGUCUUCCUUGGCGAUCAGUGCUUCUACCAACCAGUGACCUCCUCACCACUGCAGGACAAUGCCAGUGUCUUCUUCAUCCUUACUAUUUGCUCUUUUCAAUUGGUCUCUUCUUUUGUAAGGGGAAUAUAUGAUAAACAUUUCUUUUGACGAAACGUAUGAUGUCAAUGCAUUGCACCACUCCUUAUAUGGUUUGAACCUGUUGCCAGCACGGCAAAGGAUGGCUUAACAUGUUUAAGAAAUAAAUAAAUCAGCUAAAAGGUGUGAUAAUGAA